GAGAGGUGUCGAGCGCCCACUCCCCCACGCACGCAUCACCUAACCUCCACCACCAUGCCAGCUUUCCAGGACGGACAGCGCGAGACCGAGCUCCCAAAGGGCGCGAUUGAGACCGACGUGCUCGUUGUGGGCUCUGGCCCGGCAGGCGGCGCGGCGGCCCUCUUCCUCGCCGAGCUGGGUAUCCCCGCCAUCAUGAUCACCAAGUACCGCUACACCGCCAACACCCCGCGCGCGCACAUCACCAACCAGCGCACGAUGGAGAUCAUGCGCGACAUGGGCAUCGAGCGCCAGGUCGAGGCCGAGGCGACCGAGCACGCGCAGUGCGGCGACACGGUGUUCUGCACGUCGAUCAACGGCGAGGAGAUUGGGCGUAUCUUGACCUGGGGUGUCCACCCCGCCCGCCAGGCCGACCACACCCUCGCGUCGCCGAGCUCGAUGUGUGACAUCCCGCAGACCUACCUCGAGCCCAUCCUCGUCCAGAACGCGUCCAAGCGCGGCACGCACACGCGCUUCAGUACAGAAUACAUCUCGCACAAGCAGGACGACAAGGGCGUCGUCGCGACCGUGCGCGACCGCCUCACGGGCGAGCAGUACGAGAUCCACGCAAAGUACAUGAUUGGCGCCGACGGCGCGCGCAGCAUCAUCGCGCAGGAGCUCGCCCUCCCCACCAUCGGCAAGAUGGACAUUGCCGGUUCGAUGAACAUCACUUUCAAGGCCGACCUCGCGGCGCACGUCUCCGACCGCCCGUCGGUGCUCUACUGGGUCAUCCAGCCGGGCGCCAACAUCGGGGGGAUCGGUGCCGGCCUCGUCCGCAUGGUGCGCCCGUGGAACGAGUGGCUCAUCGUCUGGGGCUAUGACAUCAGCAAGCCGCCGCCGUCGAUCGACGACGAGGCGGCCAUUGGGAUCGUGCGCAGCCUCGUCGGCAUCCCGGACCUCGACGUGGAGAUCACUGGCAGGAGCCUGUGGGGCAACAACGAGCUGUACGCGACCCACCUGCAGCAGGGGCGUGUCUUCUGCGCCGGCGACGCGAUCCACCGCCACCCGCCGUCGAACGGCCUCGGCUCCAACACGUCCAUCCAGGACUCGUACAACCUCGUCUGGAAGAUCGCGCAGGUUGUCAAGGGCCACGCCGACCCGUCCAUCCUCGAGACGUACUCGACCGAGCGCGCCCCCGUCGCCAAGCAGAUCGUGACGCGCGCCAACAAGUCGAGCCGCGAGUUUGUGCACCUCUUCGACGCGCUCGGCAUCAGGCCCGGCAUGGCGCCCGAGGACAUGGCCAAGGAGAUUGAGGAGCGCAAGGCGCCGACCAAGGCCGGUGCCAAGAAGCGCGCCGACCUGGUCACUGCCAUGGACCUGAAAAACUACGAGUUCAACGCGCACGGAGUCGAGAUGGGCCAGUUCUACGAGUCGGAUAUUGUCGUGUCGGACGGCACAAGGCCAAAGGGGGACAAGGACGCCGACCUGUACUACCGCGUCUCGACGUCGCCGGGCGCGCGCCUCCCGCACGCGUGGGUCGGCUCGCGGACGAACAAGGUCUCGACGCUCGACCUGGCAAAGUACAACACGUACACGCUGUUCACGGGGACGACGGGCGCGGCGUGGGCCGAGGCGGCGAAGAAGGUCGCCGCGGAGCUCGGCGUGCCGCUCACGGCCGUCAUCAUCGGCCCCCAGCAGACCGCAGAGGACCUGUACUACGACUGGGCGCGCCAGCGCGAGGUGGACGAGGACGGCGCGCUGCUCGUGCGGCCGGACAAGCACAUUGCGUGGCGCUCAAUCAGCAUGGCGAAGGACCCGGCCGCGGAGCUGAGUGGCGCGCUGAAGAAGGUCCUUGGGAGGAAGUAGGCGGGGCUGGUGGCGGUGGCAACAAGGUUGGGUUCAGUGGCAUGGCUCGGGGUGGCAAGGCUGGUCUCAGUG